AUGGAUGUUUUCUACGCAUACACCUACUCAACAUCGGCCUGGCUGGGGCUGCAAAGCGCCGCCCUGAUCUCUGUCCCGCAAGGGAUCUCAGCUAUGCUGCUUGAUGAAACCCGUCCUGCUACUGAAAUUGAAGUCUACUUCGCCCGCUGCCUCGGCUUUAGCCUCCUCGCACUCGCAACACUCACAUUCCUGCUCACGGGCAACAUACCGCUAACAUCAAGCCUCGCGGACCCAAUAUCAACUGAAGACCCGGAGUCCGAGACCGACCCGAAGGCACCCUACGCAGUGCCAACAUUGCUCGUAACAUCAGCGUUCCACGCGGCCUCUGCGUUCUACGCAUACACGCGCUACGUGCUUAAUGCAAAGGGCGUCUUCCUCAUUGCGAUGGUGGGAUAUGCAACAGUGGCCGCCGUGGGACUUUGGUGUGUUCUCUUUGCUAGCAGCCAUGGGCGGAUUAGCAGGAGGACCGGUGCUGAUAAGCGCACGGCUGGGUUUCCAUUUGGGAAUAGGGAGGCGAAGAAGAAGCAUGCUAAGGGGAUGUAAGUGAAACGGUCCGGACAGAAAACGGAAAACGGAGCACGCCGAGCAACGUGAUAUGGGCUCUAUAUGGCGUAACUACUACUCCGUAUCUGAUAUGAGCUAUCUGCAGCGACGGAGCGCUCGGAAAGCUAAGCUCCAACUGCAGAUUGGUUGUGGGGAUUCGAGGCUUGUUCUUGUGGGUCUUGAUCGGCAGAGAGAUAACCAGGGAAAGGAGUAAACAG